AUGACAGACGUGGUUGCAGAGAGUGACAUGAUGAUGGGGGCCAUGAAAACAGGUCACUGGACAUGUGAUCUAACAGGUGGCGUUCACCAGCUGUUUGGCAAUCACUCCAUCCACGGGGAGGAUGAAGCUGGAAGAGUCAGCCAUAAUGAAACCAUCAGCGUCUCCCAGUUCAGCGACCUCGCCGCCGGCACCGUCCUCUACCUCACUUCUCCUGGCCCGGUCUGCGACGCGGUACUUGAGGGGAGGUGGGGCGAGGAGACGGAGCAUUUCCUCCACAGGGUCACACAUCAUGAAGAGCACGAGCAUCUGGAGCACAAAGAGGGCAGGACGCAACAUGACCACGAACACAUAGACGGUCACCAAUUAGACUCUGUGCUGGUAGAGCUCCGGCGCCACUAUGAGCCGUCACCCAGUGAGAGCUGUCUAACAGCCAGCGACAUCAUGGCAGAAGUCAACGCAUCGUUACCAGACCAGAGACAGGAAGUGGGCGCAGUUCUGGGCCAAGUCCUGUAUCACGCUCUGCAAGGUCACUGCUUCGUCAGCGAGUCCCUGCCCGAGGAGAGCUUCUUCCUGGAUUACAUUGUGGGCCGUCUGGGGUCAGAGAACUUCACUGUUGGGGAUUUGGAGACCCUUAUGAGGAGUCUUAACAUUGGGACUGUAGACGAACAUGGGCACGAACAUGGGCACGAACCCCACGGGGACGAACCCCACGGGGACGCACACCAAGACAACGAACACCAAGAGGACGAACACGGUCAUCAUGAUGACAGCGGGGCAAGACGGAGGAGGAGGAGGAGCAGCCAUGAGGGACAUGGAGGAAACAGCACCUGGGAUAAGCGCUGUUUCUCGGCUGAGGAGCUGGUCCUGAUCUUCGGCCUGGCUGCAAACAGCUCAGCCUCCUCGGGUCGGUCCGACGUGGCUCGGCUCAGCCCAGCGUUCGUCCAGCAGAUACUGAGCGGAGCCUGCGCAGACAUGACAGAACCAGUGAAACCAGAUGAACUCACCAGGAUGGAGAGAUACCUCUAUGCAACCCUCGCCAAUGUGGUGAUAACACUCACGUCCAUGUUCGGCAUCGUGCUGCUGCUGUGUACCUCGUGUACCAGUAUGUUCCAGCUUUGUGUCCAGUUUUGCAUCAGCAUGGCUGUAGGUUCACUGACUGGAGAUGCCCUCUUGCACCUGUUACCCAUGUUUCUAGGUUUACACACUCACGCAGACAAUGGCGGCGGCCACGAUCACCAGGAAGAAACGCCAGAAUACAUUUACAAGAUGCUGGUGGUGCUAGCCGGGAUUUACUACUUUUACCUGAUGGAAACCGUCUUCUCUCUGAUCGCAUACAGAGAUAAUCACAUCCAUCACCAUCACCAGCACCAUCACGCCGAAGAAUCUGAGCCUCAUCACUGUGACCAUGGGAGGGUUUUAGAGAUGUAUCAGCAGGAAAGGAAACACAGACAAGAAGACAAGUCGGCCUCAAAAGUAGAUCUGGUCGCCUAUGAAGACAACCACAAAGUGCGCACAAGAGAACAGCGUCUGCUGCCCUACAUGAUCACCAUCGGUGACGGGAUCCACAACUUUGCAGACGGCUUAGCGAUCGGUGCCGCCUUCUCCCUGUCAUGGAAGUCUGGUUUGGCCACGUCUCUGGCUGUGCUGUGCCACGAGCUACCGCACGAACUGGGGGAUUUUGCCAUUCUGCUGCACAGCGGCGUGUCCGUACGCAGUGCGCUGCUUUUAAACCUCGCCAGUGCCAUGACCUCGUUCAUCGGCCUGUACGUCGCUCUGUCGGUCGCCACCAACCUGGCAACCCAACAGUGGAUAGCCGCCGUCACCGCUGGACUCUUUCUGUACGUGGGACUGGCUGAUAUGCUCCCCACCAUGGUCCACAUCAGCAACAAGAGACCCUGGCUGAUGUUUCUGCUGCAGAAUGUGGGCCUUCUCACUGGCUGGGGAGUCCUGCUGCUGCUGUCACUUUACGAAGAGAGGAUCACCUUUUAAGGCACAGACUCGUACAAACAGCACGCCAGCACAUUGGUGUGGCUUGACUCUGGUGCACUCAAAGCAAAUUGUAAAAAUGUAUGAAUUACCAAUAUAUACAGUGCCUUGCAUAAGUAUUCACCCCCUUUGGACUUUUCUACAUUUUGUCAUGGUAUAACCACAGAUUAAAAUUUAUUUCAUCGUGAGUUUAUGUAAUGGACCAACACAAAACAGUGCAUCAUUUGGAAGUGGGGGGAAAUAUUACAUGGAUUUCACAAUUAUUUACAAAUAAAAAUCUGAAAAGUGUUGAGUGCAUAUGUAUUCACCCCCUUUACUGUGAAACCCCUAACAAAGAUCUGGUGCGACCAAUUGCAUUCACAAGUCACAUUUGCAAGUCACAUAAUUAGUAAAUAGGGUCCACCUGUCUGCAAUUUAAUCUCAGUAUAAAUACACCUGUUCUGUGACGGACUCAGAGUUUGUUGGAGAUCAUUACUGAACAAACAGCAUCAUGAAGACCAAGGAGCUCACCAAACAGGUCAGGGAUAAAGCUGUGGAGAAAUAUGAAGCAGGGUUAGGUUAUAAAAAAAUAUCCAGAGCUUUGAACAUCUCUCUGAGCACCAUAAAAUCCAUCAUAACAAAACGGAAAGAAUAUGGCACAACCGCAAACCUACCAAAAGGAGGCCGUCCACCCAAACUGAAGAGUCGGUCAAGGAGAAAAUUAAUCAGAGAAGCAACUGCAUCAGGACAAUGACCCUAAACAUACAGCCAGAGCUACAAAGGAAUGGUUUGGAUUAAAGAAUGUUCAUGUCUUAAAAUGGCCCAGUCAAAGCCCAGACCUCAAUCCAAUAGAGAAUCUAUGGCAAGAAUUGAAGAUUGCGGUUCACAGACGGUCUCCAUCCAAUCUGACUGAGCUUCAUCUUUUUUGCCAAGAAGAAUGGACAAACCUUUCCAUCUCUAGAUGUGCAAAGCUGGUAGAGACAUACCCCAAAAGACUUGCAGCUGUAAUUGCAGCGAAAGGGGGUUCUACCAAGUAUUGACACAGGGGGGUGAAUACUUAUGCACCCAACAGAUGUCAACUUUUUUGUUCUCAUUAUUGUUUGUGUCACAAUAAAAUUUAUUUUGCACCUCCAAAGUACUAUGCAUGUUUUGUUGAUCAAACGGGAAAAAGUUUAUUUAAGUCUAUUUGAAUUCCAGUUAGUAACGGUACAUAAUGGGAAAAAGUCCAAGGGGGGUGAAUACUUAUGCAAGGCACUGUAUAUAUAUAUAUUAACAUCUAUGCAUGUUACACCCUAAGGACAGUAUGAAAAGCAGGACAAAGGUCGACAGAAUACUGUCAGACACAAAGGGGUAAAGACACUGUCAGAUGAGGAGCUUAUCCAGUGUUAGAAGUUCUUGAAAAGUAAUUAAAACUAGCUGUGUCUCCUAAAUAACUGAAACUCCAAAGCCCUGUCACCACAUAACACAAUCCAGUACAAUACCACAAACUACAGCCAGGAGAGCUGACGCUUAUGCUUCUCUGAUAUAUGAUUUAUUACAAGACUUGUGUAGUGGACUGAAUUAUGCCUUUUAAAGGACUCUCUGUUUAAAGUUGACAUUGUUUUAAAAAUCUGUUGAUAAUGGUCUGAUGCUUACAAAAGAAAAGAAAUGUUAAGAAAUUCACAUUUUAUCAAUGAGAUGUUGGUUAUUUGCUCACUUAUUAGUCACUUUUUUGUAUCCCCUGGCUUUGCAUUUUGUAGCCAGGCACACACAUCAGCUUCACUCUGAGGACUUUACAGACACAUUGAAGGAAUAGUUCACCUGAAAAUGAAAAUUCACUCAUUAUCCACUCACCACUAUGCCGAUGGACGUGGGGGGUGAAGUGUUUGAGUCCAAAAAACUCUGGUGAUUUAAACCGUGUUUUAAGCCUUGUAACAUUUAGAAUAGAGGCUGGACUGUUAAACACCCAAGUCUGUUUCUUGGCCCAAAAAAGGUCAGUGCAGAUUUUUUUUAUAAAUUUCGUAGCACUGAUUAAUGUCAAUAGACUAAUAUACAGGUGUUGCUCUCCUUCAAUUCUUUAGUGAUGUAAUUUUAUUAUACAGCUUUAUAUAGAAUUGAUCUUUCAGUACAUUUUAUUAAAUGUAUUUGGGAAAACAAACAUGUCACAUUUGCAAAGGAAAAAAGUGCACAGUUAUGAAAUGAUAUUGACUACACUAUGGUAUAUAUUUUGUAUUUUCUUGCCUUGUUUAAAUAAGAAUUUAAAGAAAAUCUUAAACCUCA